GAGCGGUCGGAGACGCGAGUGGUCCUCAGUUGCUGUUCUCUCGUUUUUUCCUUUUCUUCUUCCUUUCCCUCGUUCCCUUCUUCCUCCUCAUUUCCUCGAGGGAAGCAAAGAGUUUUUUUCCGUCUCUCAUCCGGAGGAGAUAAUUAACUCCGCUAAACCAGGAAGAGAAUACGAAUAUGGAACACUGCCAGCUCCUCCGUCAGAGUACAGGGAAUUCCCAAUAAGAGACUGGGAAUACCGGUAUUCCUAAUAAACCGGAGCAGGGAUCAGAGCCAGGGAACAGGUGGGGUCUUAGGGAGGGAGCUGGACCUGGACUAUUGCUCCCACUGUCGGAUAGAGACUCCACUGAUCCCUCCUCUUAUAGAUAGGAACGUCAGGAUUCAGAAAGACCACACGGACACUUCCCAACACAUUCACUGUGUCCCAUUAUCCCACUCUUUUAUUCCAGCUGGUAAGACCGUUUGCUUACUGGGAGGACGGCGUCGGCUUAACUGCUUGAGUGUGGUCGGACAUUACCGUGUGUGUGUGUGUGUGUGUCUGAGACUAUUUGGUGCCCCGGAGGAAGAUGCCUGCCAUUCUGCUGGCCUCUAAGAUGAAGUCGGGACUGCCCAAGCCGGUGCACAGCGCUCUGCCCAUUCCACAGGUGCCCUCGCGACCCCUCACCCUGCCCCUACCACUGCCCGUGCCCCUCAAGCCCUCCGACAGACACGUUCUCACGGUGGGCCCCCAGGGGCGCUCGGGACACCACCAGGGGCGCCCCAAAACCAAGCACGCUCCAGCGACAGACGGUGGUAUUGACCUUCAGAUCUAUACAGAUUGGGCCAACCACUACCUAGCCAAGUCAGGACACAAGCGACUUAUCAAGGACCUGCAGACGGACGUCACAGACGGAGUGCUGCUGGCGGAGAUCAUACAGGUUGUCGCCAAUGAGAAGAUUGAGGACAUCAAUGGCUGCCCUAAGAGUCGUUCUCAGAUGAUUGAGAACAUUGAUGCCUGCCUCCGUUUCCUGGCAGCCAAAGGUGUCAACAUACAGGGCCUGUCUGCCGAGGAGAUCCGUAAUGGGAAUCUGAAGGCCAUUCUGGGGCUCUUCUUCAGCCUGUCUCGCUACAAGCAGCAGCAGGCCCACCGCCAGUACUCCCAGCCCCACCUUAACCCCCAGCCCCAGAGCCCUCAACCUCCCCUAAUCCAGCAGACGGGCACCCCUUCCCAGCUCAGCAGCCACCCUGUCCCCCCUACGCAUGAGACUCCGGCCCCCACAGCACAAGCAGCCCAGAAAACAGCACAGGCCGAGAUGCAGUCCAGGGCUGGGUCUCAGAGUAAACUGCUCAAGUUUUCCUUUGGUCAGAAAAAGUCCUCUAGACUUCCAGGCCCGAGUGCGAGGGUGUCCACUGCUGGCAGUGACAUCACACCUCGCGGGUCGGUUGGCGCCGCCGGCAACCGGCGAAGUCAGGGCUUCACAGACAAGACCAAACCAGCCGCUCACAAAGAACCCUCGGAGGGCAUGACUUCACAGACUCUGGUAAUGACUGAGCAUGCUCCGUCGUCCCCAGCGGCCGUCUGCACUUCCGCCAAUAGCGCCUCUACCUCGGCUCCCAUCCCUCCAGCCUCCUCCUCCUCCUCCUCGGCCAUCCCCCACCCCAACUCCAGCAGCAAGCCCUGGAGGAGUAAGUCUGUGAGCUCCAAGCACACCUCCUCCUCAGCCAUGCUCUCUGUCAAGCAGGAGAAGGAUGCCUCCUCUAAGGCCUCCUCGUCCACCGAGCCCCCCCCUAAAGUCAUCCAACAGAAGUCUAUGCUGGAGAAGCUCAAGCUGUUUAACAGCAAAAGUGGAUCUAAGUCCUCGUCCUCCAGCACUCAGGGGGCUCAGGCGGACUGUGGUGCCCCCGCCCGGCAGCUCGGGGCUGGUGGAGUGGAGAGGGCAGAAGCAGGGUCCAACACCGACUCCCUGGAGGAGGCGGAGGGGAACGCCCGUCCUGGCGUCAAUGGGACCGGUAACGGGACGACCCACGCUGCUGCCCCAACCCAUGUCCCUACCGUCGCCACAACAACCAGCAGCCCCAAGAUUGCACUGAGGGGAAUCGCUCAGCGUACAUUCAGUAGAGCUCUGACCGCUAAAAAGAGCUCAGUGAAAGGACUGGAGAAGGAGAAGGAGAAGGAGAAGGAGAGGGGGAAGGAGAAGGAAAGAGGGAAAGAGGCGGGGAAACACAUCACCACAGAGAGGAUGGAACUCAGGGGGGAGGAGCCUAAGGAGGAAACGACUACAACUGUCGCAAUGGAAACGGAACCCUCUUCCAAUAAGAGGACUUCUAAAAUCGCCAGUUUCAUACCCAAAGGGAGCAAAGUGGCCAAGAAGGAGAGUUCUGUCCCUGCACACAGCGGCAUACCAAAGCCAGGGGGUAAAACCUCAGGGGUAGGCGGGAAGGCCCCCUCGGCAGGGGGGAAGGAGGGUGGGGAGCGUCCCCGGAGCAUGCGGUUGGGGGGGGGUCUGGUCCUGCACCGCGGACACCUGGACAAGGACAGGGACAGCAGACACUCUAGCUCCACCUCUAGUCUGGCUUCCACAGAGGGCAAGGCGUCACAACAGGGCAACAGCGCCGCCCCGGUGGUGGAUGGUGGAAGUGGUGGCGCCACACAGAGCACAGCCUGCAACACGGUCAGCGUCCAGCUACCUCAGCCCCAGCAGCACCACAGCCACCCCAACACAGCCACCGUAGCACCCUUCAUGUACAGGUCACAAACGGACGUGGACGGUAUCAUGGCGACAGAGGCAGGGUCAGGAGGAAUGGGCGGAGAAAACGUCCCCUUUAAAACCAGCCAGCCAUCCAUUGAGGACCUUUCAGCAGAAGACCCAGAGACACGGAGGCUGCGGACUGUUAAAAACAUUGCAGAUUUGCGCCAGAACCUGGAAGAGACUAUGUCCAGUCUACGGGGGACUCAGAUCUCACACAGCACCUUGGAGACAACCUUUGACAGCAACGUCACCACGGAGAUCAGCGGUGGCGGCGGGAGUGGGCGGAGCAUCCUCAGCCUCACUUCCUCUCGGCCCUCCCUGUCGUCAUGGCGACUGGGCCAGUCCAGCCCCCGUCUGCAGGCGGGGGACGCCCCCUCCACGGGGAACGGUUACGGGAGUCGUGCCUUGGGAGGAGGGGGGCAGGGGGGGCGCUACUUGUACCCUGGCCCCCUGCGGAGACAGCUGGCGGGGCGGGGAGGUGCCCUCGGUAUGGAUCUGGGGGAGAGAGGGGAGGAUAUUGACCUGGAGGGCAUCGCCAUGGAGGUGACGGGCUACAUGAGUGACGGGGAUGUGCUGAGCAAGAACGCGGCGCGCCCUGAUGACGUCACGAGCGGCUACAUGACGGACGGCGGUCUGAGCCUGUACACGCGGCGACUCAACCGUCUACCUGACGGCAUGGCGGCGGUACGAGAGACCCUCCAACGCAACACCUCCACGGGCCAGGGAGACGCUGACAGCUGGGAUGACAGCAGCUCAGUGAGCAGUGGCGUCAGUGACACCGUCGACACAGAUGACAUCAACACCAGCUCCUCCAUCAGCUCCUAUGCCAACACACCGGCCGCACAGCGCAAGGCCCUCAACGGACAGGUCGGUGUGGAGGCUAGACACAAGCACCCGGUAACGGAUGCUGAGAAGCACUCGGCCUCCACCACCCUGAACCCCGCCUGGUCAGGUGACGAGGUCAAGAGGUCAGACGGGUUGUCGGACAGUGAGGUCAGCAGGAUGGACCAGGGCUCCAAGUGGGCCCGCCGGAACCCCUCGGACGUGUCCGACGAGUCGGAUAAGGUGGGCUCGGGGCGGAGGACUCCCUCAAUGACACACACAGGGUCCUGGAAGGGGGGCAUGAGUGCUCAGGUGGGGGUGACCAGCCCCAGGACUAAAGCUACUGGAACAUCAGGGUCCGCUGUGAUGAAGACCCACAGUGCAGGUAAAACGGACGACGUCAAGGUGUCCGAGAAGGGCCGCCUCUCCCCUCGCUCCAACGGCCUCCGCCGCUCGCCCUCCGACGCCGGGCGCAGCAGUGACGACGAGGCCAAGAGAAACACACCCUCUUCCACCUCCGCCGCUGCCUCUGCCCGCACGUCCCACACACACCCCCUCACACACGCCCUGUCCGAACCCCACUCCCAGUCUCACACACUGACCUCCCGCACCCCCACCAGCACAUUUGGCUUCAAGAAGCAGAGUUCCGGGAUGGUUACUAUGGUUACCACCAGUGGCGCCACCAUCACGAGCGGGUCAGCUACUCUUGGGAAGAUGCCCAAGUCCGGGACGAGAUCCUUAGCCGUUGGGAUAAAGGUCGGAGGUCAAGAUGUGGGGUCCGGUCUAGGUCACCAUGACGACGGGUACCUCCAGGUGAGCACCCGCUCCACACUGCAGUACCGGAGCCUCCCAAGACCCAACCGGUCCGGUGCCGCCGCGCGUAACGGAAACCGGUCUUCGACCAGCAGCAUCGAAGCGGCUGUGCUUUCCGUUACCACUCACAGUAAAAGCAGAGACACGGGAAACACUGGGAAAAUGAAUGGAAGUGGGACUGGGGUCUCGCCAGCCAAUCAGACGGAUCGAGAGAAGGGCGUGUCAGAGGGCGUGGACAACCUGAGGGGAGGGGCUUCCACCGUACCUCUCACAGGGAGACAGCAGGUUGCCUCACCCACACUGCGCAGGUUGUUUGGUGGUAAGUCCAGUAAGCAGGUUCCGGUCACCACAGCAGAGAACAUGAAGAACUCAACGGUGAUCUCCAACCCUCACGCUACCCAUGCCGCUCUGGACUCCCCUGGGGGUGUAGGGGGGGAGAGUGAGGGCAGCAGCCCUCUGUACGGAGGACGGAACCUGAGCACGGGCCAUAACACGCUGGGUAGCGAACAGAGUGCGUCCAGCCCCGGCUCUGUCUACUCCUCCACGGGGCCCUCCAACAGCCUGACCUGGGGCACCACCAUGAGCACUGGCUCCUCUGCCCAGAGCAGGGAGGGCACCCUGGGUGGGCACAGCGGGCACGGUGGCGGGGCGGGAAGCCUGGGCUACCCCUCGGUCAGCAGCAUGCACACCAGCAGCGAGUCCAUCGACAUGAGCGUGAGCAGCGCUGGGCAUGGAGGAAGGGACAGCAGGGAGGACACCCUCUCAGCUCUGGGCAGGACCAGCAGCGUCAAGACGGGCAUGUCUGAGAGCCCCCUGUCCUCCCCCUCCGCUAGCCCUAAAUUCAACCGAAACACCUUACCUCGGAAACAGGAAAGGGGUCCACACAGUGAUAGAAACACUCUGCCCAGGAAGGGACUCAGGUAUGCCCCAUCGCCCCAGCUGCGAGGUCAUGAGGAGGCUGCGCGCGAUUGGCUGCGCUCCCAUUCGCAGGGCGGGCUGCAAGACUCGGCCAGUAACUCCCCCUUCUCGCCUGGAUCUAGCCUCACCUCACCCUCCGGGACACGCUUCAACUUCGCACAGCUCUCGGGUAGCCCCACCACAGCUGCUCAGAUAAACCUGGCCAGCCUCCGGAACAACACUCUGACCAAUCAGGACAUCACCUUUGACCCCUGUGGCGACACCCGCCUGAGGAACUCCUGCGUGUCAUUGGACGAGAAGACGCGCACCAUGAGCCGCUCUGGUUCCUUCAGAGAUGGCUUUGAGGAGGUUCACGGCUCCUCCCUGUCUCUGGUCUCCAGUACCUCCUCUAUCUACUCUACGACUGAAGAGAAAUCCCAGUCAGAGAUCCGUAAGCUGCGUCGAGAGCUGGAUGCCUCCCAGGAAAAAGUCUCGGCCCUGACAACACAGCUGAGUGCUAAUGCUCACCUGGUGGCAGCGUUUGAACAGAGCCUGGGUAACAUGACCAUCAGACUGAAGAGUCUCAGUAUGACCGCUGAGCACAAGGACUGUGAGCUGAACGAGCUGAGGAAGAACAUUGAGCUGCUGAAGAAGCAGAACAACGUGGCCCAGGCUGCCAUAAACGGAGUCAUCAACACACCUGAACUCACCUGCAAACAGAAUAGGACAGGUUGUGGUGGUAGUAAUGGCAGCCCCCUGCAGCAGCAGCAGCAGCAGCCAGACCUACGGAUGAGGAGACAGCACUCGUCAGACAGCGUCAGCAGCAUUGCCAGUGCAACCAGCCACUCCAGUGUGGGAUCCAACAUGGACGCCGACGCUAAGAACAAGAAGAAGAACAAGAAGAACUGGGUCUAUGAGUUGCGCAGCUCUUUCAAGCAGGCGUUCAGCAAGAAGAAGUCCCCUAAGUCUGCCUCGUCCCACUCUGACAUAGAGGAGAUGACGGACUCCUCCCUCCCCUCCUCCCCUAAACUCCCCCACAAUGGGUCCACAACCUCCAGCCACAUGCUCAGGAACUCGCACUCCAACUCACUGCUGUCGGACUGUCUGGACAGUGAGGCAGAGACCGUGAUGCAGCUCCGCAGCGAGCUCAGGGAGAAGGAGAUGAAGCUGACGGACAUCCGCCUUGAGGCUCUCAGCUCGGCCCAUCAACUGGACCAGCUCAGAGAGGCCAUGAACCACAUGCAGGGGGAGAUAGAGAAACUGAAGGCAGAGAAUGACCGUCUGAAGCUGGAGAGUACAGGGAGCAGCAGAGCCCCCUCCCAGGCCUCCAUCUCCUCUUCGCCCCCUCACCAUACACACACCCUUGCACCAGGGCCUGGCCUGUCCCAGCACAGCAUCAACCUCACCGAGUCCACCAGCCUGGACAUGUUGUUGGAUGACACAGUGGGAGAUGGAGUGAUGAGGAAAGAGGGACGACACGUGAAGAUAGUGGUCAGUCUGGACGAUGACCUCUCCCAGGAGGCCAGGGCUCGCCACUUCCUGAUUGGCUGUAUCGGUGUGAGUGGUAAAACCAAGUGGGACGUCUUGGACGGGGUGGUCCGUCGCCUCUUCAAGGAGUACAUCACCCAUGUGGACCCAGUGAGCCAGCUGGGGCUGACCUGUGACAGUGUGGAGGGAUACAACAUUGGGGAUGUGCAUCGCCAUAGCAACACUGGUGUCUCUCAUCCCCCCGAGCUGCUGCCCUGCGGCUACCUGGUUGGAGACAGCGACACCAUCAACAUCAGGCUCAAAGGUGUGAGCAGUGAGAGUGUGGACUGCCUGGUGUUUGACACCCUGAUCCCCAAGCCCAUGCUGCAGCGCUACGUGUCUCUGCUGAGGGAGCACCGCCGUGUCAUUCUCUCUGGCCCCAGCGGCACCGGUAAAACACACCUGGCCAACCGUCUGGCAAGACACCUGCUCCUGCAGGAGGGCCGACCCCUGACCCCGCACUCCGUCGUCACCUUCAACGUGGACCACAAGUCUAGCAAGGAAUUGCGUCAGUACCUGUCAGGCCUGGCUGAGCAGUGCAGCGGUGACAGACUAGAGGCAGAGAGCCCUCUAGUGGUCAUACUGGAUAAUCUGCACCACGUCUCCUCUCUGGGAGAGCUCUUCAACGGGGUGUUCAACUGCAAAUACCAAUGUUGUCCCUACAUCAUCGGUACUAUGAGCCAGGCCACAUCCUCCGCACCCAACCUACAACUCCACCACAACUUCAGAUGGGUGCUGUGUGCCAAUCACUUGGAGCCGGUGAAGGGCUUCCUGGGUCGCUACCUGAGGAGGAAGCUGAUCGAGACGGAGAUCGGCAGCCGCAAGCGCGUCCUGGAGCUGGUCAAGAUCAUCGACUGGAUCCCUCGCGUCUGGCACCACCUCAACCGCUUCCUAGAGGCACACAGCUCCUCUGACGUUACCAUCGGGCCGCGCCUCUUCCUGUUGUGUCCCAUGGACGUGGCUGGCUCCAGGGUGUGGUUCACUGACCUCUGGAACUACUCCAUCAUCCCCUACAUGCUGGAGGCAGUCAGAGAGGGACUGCAGCUGUACGGCCGUAGGUCAGCGUGGGAGGACCCAGCACGCUGGGUGAUUGACAGCUACCCCUGGUCAGCCACGCCCACGCCUGCUGAUUGGCCCCCGCUGCUGCAGCUCCGCCCAGAAGAUGUGGGCUUCGACGGUUACUCCGCCCCCAGGGAGGGCAUCAGGAAGGAGCCCUCGCAGAGUGACAGUGACGCAGACCCGCUGAUGAGUAUGCUAAUGAGGCUGAAGGAGGCAGCCACUUCCUCCAGCCCUCAGAGAUACGACAGCGACUCUAAUACCAACAGUCACCAACACGACAUCCUGGACUCAACACUCGAGUCAACAUUGUGAGCCGACGACUCCUCCUUCCCAAGAAGAAAAAAAAAAUGCAUUCAGUUAACGUUUUUAUGUUCAGCCAAUGCAACAUUUCUUUUGAAUGCGUUUUUUCCAAGCUCACGGCACAGAAAUCAAGCCACUCUAAUUGUCAUACCAGGAACCCUACGGGUGCAGGCAACCCAGAACAAGAGGAGAACUGAACAACAACAAAGAAGGAGCCAAACAGAAAGCUGCUGUUGCUCUGUUCUAUUUUUGCACCGUCGUGGCCAACCGCUCUCCAGCUACUCCUCAUGUACCGUUUAGACAAACAACUGACAGAAACCAGCGUUUUUACACCGUGUUAUGGAGCAUCAUCUCCGUCUUCGUUAUUUUCCUUAUCAGCAUCAGUACCGUGGUCUCCUUAUUUCAGAAAAGAACGAGACUGCGUCGUGGGAGCCAAAACCACCACAUCAACAAGCCCAGGCUCCUCGCGGCUCUUCCCCAGCUGCAAUGCUCCAAACUGGGCUACAGAUCGAGCUACAGGCCCUCUCCUCUGGAGCAUGGUGCUGGAGGUGUCGUCUUCGUCAUCUCCACAGAGACCAAAUUCACUGGUUCCCAAUGCCCCCCAGUGACACACACACACACACACCUAUCACCAUUCACCUGCCCCUACAUGUGACUCCUUUUGUCCCAAACGGGUCGCCGUAGCAUAAGCUUCUUCUCCAGAAGAAAAGUCUCUACUUUGGUGCUGGACUGAACUUUAAAAAGAUGCCUUACUUUUUUUUGUAACAGACUAUCCGCAUAGGCUACUUUUUUUUAAAUUGAGUCUUUUUGGCUGUGAACUUACAGGGCUUUAAAAGUCGACACUCUCUUUGCGUUGUGCCUCGGCAGGUGGGCUUGUAGAACUAUCCUCAUAUCGAACACCAAUGUCAUGUUAUUAAGAGGUUAUUUGGGCUUGAAUAGGGAAUGGGACUUGGGCUUUAAUGACAUGCCAUUCAUUGUAUUACUCCCAAUGCGGAGAAGUUUGGAUAUAACUCCUUAGACGACCCCGUGAGAUAGAAAAGUACAUUUGGUUGGUGCUCAAAGUAAAGAAUCAUUUUGUAAUGGAUAUGUCAUGGAUAUGGGGGAGCGAUUAUUAAGGAAUUGUUUUGGUCUCUGUACCUCGUCUACCUUCUAUACACCCCUUUGCGCCUUUGCCGUGCUUGUCGUCUGUUUUGAUCAUGUGAUGUGUAAUGAUUGUCGUCGUCAUGACAAAAUGUCGAGUGAACAUGUAACAACGUGUAUAAUCCUGCUUUGUUUUCAAGUCAUUGUUUUACUUGAGCUCAUGUUUUAAAGUCAUUUUUUUACUUUAGCUCAUGUUUUAAAGUCAUUUUUUUACUUGAGCUCAUGUUUUAAAGUCAUUUUUUUACUUGAGCUCAUGUUUUAAAGUCAUUUUUUUACUUGAGCUCAUGUUUUAAAGUCAUUUUUUUACUUGAGCUCAUGUUUUAAAGUCAUUUUUUUACUUGAGCUCAUGUUUUAAAGUCAUUUUUUUACUUGAGCUCAUGUUUUAAAGUCAUUUUUUUACUUGAGCUCAUGUUUUAAAGUCAUUUUUUUACUUGAGCUCAUGUUUUAAAGGUACAAAUGAGAGAGUACAAAAUGGAAGAAGUGAAAGAUUUAGAAUGGUUAUGGCUUCAGGUCGAAACAUAAUAGAUUUGUUUUCUUGGCUUCAGAAAUGUGUAUAUUUUCCCGUUUCCUCCAAACCUUCAUCCUAGGAGGGGGGGGGGUGGAAGUGUGUUUUUUUGUCCGAUAGUUAUUUGUUUCCAGCAUCGCUUCCGUUAUCUUUCAAUGUUUUGGGUGUUUCUUAGUCAUCAAUCCUAUGCAACAUUCAUUUUGAACUCAAAAAUUGAAGCCAAGCCUUAAGGUCAGUUCUUUGAGGUUUUUCAGCACUGCCAAGAGAUGUACAGCAAGCGAAAGAUUUUGUGAAUCAUUUUUGGGGAGCUGGUACAGUCUUUGUUCAUUUACACAAUGAAAUCAAAGUUUUGUCUGUACGCUUGGAGGGGGUCUCUUGUCAUAGUCAAUGCAAGCACACACAAAAAAACAGAUACGUAAUGUGUUUGUCAGUCUGUAUAUCCACUUGCGAAAACCCUGCUCGCUUUGAGAGGUUCGGAUGGUUGAAAUGUUGAAUUCACAUGUUCUUAUAACUCAAUGAAUGUGUAGCAUUCUGUGCUAUGUAAAAAUAUAUAUAUAUAUGUAACAUAAGUGUAAAUACUUGAUUACCUUGCGACAUUUUGAUGACUUUUGUAGCCAAUUUGUAACUACUUGAACAUCAGUAUUUUGUGUACAGUCUCUUUUGCAUCAGAGCGGGCGUGUGGAGUUUAUCAUCAAUGCUCUCUCCAGAGCUUGGAGAACUGAUUCUCAAGGUCACUGUGCUAGUCUUAAGUUAUUUGUGAUUCAAUAAAAAAAACAUGGUUAUUUAUUAAUUAAUGCAAUGUGACUUAUCAAUUAUGGCUCUCUACUAACAUAAACCUGUCUAUAUAUUUAAUGUUUUUUUGUUUGUUGUCAAUUUCCACUUUGUAAUAGAAGAUAUACCAUGUAACUGUUACAUUUU